AUGACGCCCGCGCCCCGCUAUCUCACAGGAGAUAAAGAAGGCAUCAAGGAGUUUCUGGAUAGAUUCGAUGUCUUCCUGUUCGAUUGCGAUGGUGUCCUUUGGUCCGGCGAUCUGGUCUACCCUGGCACGGUGGAGACGCUGGAGAUGCUGAGAAGCAAUGGCAAGCAGGUAGUCUUUGUCACGAACAACAGCACGAAGUCACGCGCGGACUACAGGAAGAAGCUGGAGAAGUUGGGGAUCCCGAGCUCAACGGAAGAAAUCUUCUCGUCGUCCUACAGCGCAUCUAUCUACAUUUCUCGGAUCCUCAAGCUCCCGGAGAACAAGCGCAAGGUCUUCAUCAUCGGCGAGACGGGAAUUGAGCAGGAGCUGGAGACGGAGAAUGUGCCGUUUAUCGGCGGCACAGAUCCCGCAUACCGUCGCGACGUGACAACGGAGGAUUACAAGCUCAUUACUUCUGGGGACUCGUCAUUGAUCGACCCCGAGGUUGGGGUUGUAUUGGUUGGAUUGGACAGGCAUAUCAACUAUCUGAAGCUGGCGCUGGCGUAUCACUACGUCAAACGCGGUGCGGUCUUCCUUGCGACCAAUAUUGACUCCACGUACCCGAAUGAGGGGGCGCUCUUCCCCGGCGCUGGGUCCAUGAGUGCGCCCUUGAUCAUGAUGCUGGGCCAAGAGCCCGUGUCGCUGGGUAAGCCUAACCAAGCGAUGAUGGAUGCGAUCGAAGGCAAAUUCAAGUUCGAUCGGUCGCGGACAUGCAUGGUGGGCGAUCGCGUCAAUACCGACAUCCGGUUUGGUGUGGAAGGCAAGCUUGGAGGCACUCUGGGCGUUCUCACUGGGGUCAGCACAAAGGAAGACUUUUUGGCUGGGCCAACCAGGCCUGCUAUCUACCUCGAUAAGCUGUCCGAUCUUCUGGAUGCCAAAUAA